AUUGAAUUUUGUAAGGUACAUUGAGUGAUAAUUUCUAAAAUAAAUUGGAACCUGUUUUCAUGUUGAUAUAUUGAACUUAAUACAGAUUGUAAUUCUUUGAUGGAUGAAAACAGCGUCACGAGGUUGAUGUAACUUCAAAAUUAUUUUGAUUUGCGGCCGUCGUCAUCGUGCGAACCAUAGGAUUUCGUUUUGGAAGCCGACAAAGGGCUCGUGACAGAAAGUCGAUAGAAACGUCGCUGAAAAUUAAUGAGCCAAUCGUGUGUAGCAUGCCCCGCACCGCCGGAAUAAUUAAUGAUCCUGUUAUUUGUAGUUUCUUCAGUUCCCAUUGAGCCCCGUCGCUCUUCCUGGAUGUGCCCUCGCUCUGCCUGUGUAGCUGUUCCGGGUGGAUCGACAGGUUUUCGGGUAGCCGAGAGUGCUUGACAAAUUGCGACUACUUUGAAAAAUUAGCUGAAAUGUAGCUGUAGUAAAUAAGCACAUACUGCUUAUUUGGCUGUUCUGUACAGAUUCGUAAUUGUAUAAUAAUUUAUAUUAAAUAAGUUAACAUACUAGUGAUUAUGUAGUGAAAGAAUUUUGUAAAAGAUCUGUGAAAAUAACUUUCUGUAAGACUUUGGUACGCGCGCGUUUAUCGUACAUAUAUGAAACAGCAUACUUUUUGUAGGUAACACUCUUCAAUUUAGGAAUUCGCUAAUGUAAAUUCAUGGUAUAAUCACAUUUUCUUAACGAGUUAAAGAUCUCCUUUACAUAACAAGAAAACGACACUUGUUAGACACUUAGGACAGGAAUGGUCGAGCGCAGUUUUGGCUGGGCUAGCGUGUCGCUAAAUCAAUGUCAAUUCCCGUUCUUCACCGCUGCCAGGCCAUUUUCUUGGCGGCGCGACGGACAACUCAACCACCGGCCGACUGACACCGCGUUUGAUGUCCAUUAUUGUAAUAGCCGAUCAUUUUGCUGAUAAAUGAUCGUUUUUCUGUCGUACUACGUAAUUUCACACCUACCCUGCGAAAUGCAUUCUACGCCAAAUGUCCUUAAUCCUUUUUUAUCGUGAUCUGCUUUUAUUUUAUUGCCUGUUGUCGCUAGCGAAAAAUGUUUCAUACAGAACUUGUAACUCUUGUCGACAGCUACAAAUAAGGUCAAAUGAAAUUUCUCCGCAGGUCCGAUGAUUUAGGUGUAUUUGAGAAAAAACGAAAUUUUUUCCAAACAUUUGCCAUUUCGACGGUGGGAACGGCCGAAUUUUAUCAGUACCAAUAAAAUGCCGAUUAAUCAUACUUAACUCGUUAAAUACUGGAGUUAGAAGAAAAAUACAUAGCAUUCGGUUGUUUGAAGCACAUUACAAAUAGAAUAUCUACGUUAAAAACUACAUAUGUAAAAAUAUGUAUAUACAGAAAGUAGUGGUUUAAAAUCAAGCUAUAACGAUACUAUAAAAAUUUCCUUUUCGCUGAAAGUUUUAUGAAUGGGAUUCCAAGAGAGAGAAUAACAUUCUCUUCUCCCUUGUCACGUUUAUCGCACGAGUUUCAUUUCUGUUCGGUCACUCGACGAAUGGGGAGCACACUUUUUUAACAUUUAGUAGCCUUGAAUUUUAAUUUCUGCUUAUUUCACAGUACUCGCUCGUUCCUGUUCUUCUUGCCGGACUUUUUUUCUUCAGAGACAAUGUUCUGUCGCGGUUUCAAGUAUCGUUGACAGAGUUAUAAGGUGCAGUAGAUUAUUUUAUAAUAAUGCGUCACGCGGUGUUGGGCAUUAAUCAGUUAUAGAAUAAUGUAUAAAAUGAUUCUGGGAUGAAAUUGUACUAGACAAAACUUCACAAAAGUAUACUUAUAAAAAAUCAAAGAGGAGGUUUACGGUUCGCAUGAGGCAUGUGUCUACCCACCCCGGCGAGAGAAUCAUCUGUUUGUCCGCAGAUAAUUAACGUAACGGUUGCCUGAUCACGCAAAUCAAAGGCAUCUAGACGCGGACGCAGGCGUAAUUAAGGCCUCUCCCAGACUGCGCAAAGAACAAUAGGGAUUGCACCGGCGCGCAUCGCGCGUCAAUGAUCGCGACGUGCCUGAUCCUCCCUCAAUCAUCGGCAAUCGACCACGACCAAGUUGCUGCUCUGUCUGCUCUUCAACGCGUGACCGACUUCUUUUGCAUUGUUACCGCUCUCUCAGUCUCGUGCUGAAUUCACUUUUCUUUAUUUCUUUUCAAAUUACAAUUCAUGUCGGUUUCUGCAUGAAUUGUAAUAAAAAAUCAUUCGUAAAUCAAAAAUGGUCCUGAAAUGUACACGGAAUCGGAAGCUUGCAGCUUUAUAGAAAUAUAUCUUAUGUCUUGAUGGAUUUUCAAACAUGUCGAAUUUUAAUUCGUAAAAAAAGAAUUGUGCAAACUGUAUAACAAAAAAAAUUAUUAAGAGCCUGUGUCUUAGAUAUCUUGAAAUUCCAAGCUGCUCUUAUGUUUCUCUAAACGCAAAUGAUUGCUCACACGUGAAUCUCACUCUGUGAAGUUCUCCAUUAACCCAUAUUACCCAGCAAAAGUCAGAGAUAUUCCUAUUAAAGUUGCCGUUCAGAACUCGAAGUUUUCGGGUGAAAACUGAGUAGAUGGCAACUUUGAGGAUAGAGAGGAAGGGUUGCGAAACGAGCGAAAUCGUCUGGUUUCGCCACUUCAUAUGGGACGAGGAUGGAAGAUAGGAGGGUUUGGUCGCAAACUCAACUCGAGCUCCAAUAAUUCAGAGGCAAAUUCUAUGGUGGCUCGACAACACAGGUCGGGCAAAGACCGCCGCGCCGAAACGGACAAAGGGGUCACCGGGAUUGACCUCGCCGAAACUUCUAUUCUUCCGUCUCUGUCUACCGUUUUCACUCUUCCCUCUCCACUUACUUCGUACCUACCUACCUACCUACCUGGCUCUGGCUGCCUGCUGUCCGCUUUUCUCGCACGCGUCCAGCGCAUCCCUCGUACUUUGCAAGCCCCGGGAUAAAUGAACGCGUACAGUUGUGACUGGAUUAAAGGGUGGACCUCACAGUUAACUAUGGAAGUGGGAGGACGCGAACCUUUUGAAUAUUGAAAGUGAUGGCAAUUUUUCUUCCUCGUGGUAUUUAUGGAGAGAAUGGACGUGGAAAAGUCAGGUCAACAUGGACGCUGAAGCAGCGCUGCUGGAGAACUCUCCAACGCUCUCGACGAUCUCGUCCGAUUGCACGGACACCACAUAUUCAGGCCCCGGUUCGCCGUAUUCCCCAGAAUCCCCGAUCAUUGUCACUACCUCGUACAAGAAGACAAAGGAUGACGAGGUCACGCCCAGACCCACACCCAGACACCCGUUUCCAUCCAGGAAGCCUAACUUCCGGAUACGACCGCCCUAUCUUAUGAUCUGCAUCAGCAUUAUCGAAAUAGCGGUUCACUGCCUAGGGGAUGAGGCCACUCUGCGCAGGUGGUUGGUCUACGACCCCCGUCAAAGGGUGCAGGGUUGGAGAUUCGCCUCGUACAUGCUGCUACACUCGAAUGCGCUUCACCUUGCGUUGAACGUGGUUAUACAGUUGGUGCUGGCCACUCCGCUCGAGGUGGAACAGGGCCGAAUCGGAGUGGCGACAAUCUAUUUGGGGGGUGGUGUCUGUGGAGCACUUGGAGCAUCUCUUCUACAACCGAGCCUCUUUUUGGUCGGAGCCUCGGCGGGUGUCUACGCCCUACUAACUAGCCAUCUUGCACAUUUAUAUUUGUGUCACGGAGAGCUCCGCUAUGCUGGCUGGCGUCUUGGCGCCGUGUUACUGCUAGCCAGUGCGGACGUGGCUUCGCUUCCAAUUCCGGCGCUUCUUGGUUGCGGUAGAGUCGGCUGGGCCGCGCACGUGGCUGGCGCCCUAGCUGGUCCCCUUUUGGGUCUCGCGGUGUUCCCGAAUCAAAGCAAAAAAGACGCUAGAGGCCGGCGAUUUGUCAGAUUCGUGCGUCUACUGUCGGCCAUCAGCGUGAUGCUUCUGGUCGUCGGCGCCAUCCUUGGCAACAUUUACUUAAUUGCACUGCCACAGCUAAGGAAGCCGUCCUGACAGAGGAUCGAGCUGCUCGUCAAGCUCUGCAGACGGUCCUUUCUCAUCGUUAAGAUCCGGGAGGCUGCCGAGAGCGUUUUCGAGUAGGUUCUCACCCGAAUUUCUUUGGAAUGAACAUUUUUCCUUGAUACGGAGAGAGGAACUAUAUUCACGGAAUCGUGAGAAAAACAAAAAGCAAAAAAGGAAUUUUGGAAAUUGAGAUAGAAUUGAAGCGGACUUUGAAUUUGUAGGAGCUGGAAUCGUGAAAUUAUCGAAAGAAGGAGUAGGACAAUUUUAAUCAAAUAAGAAUAUAAUUUUGGAGAGGAGAACAAAAUUGGAUUGUAAAUUUUGAAUGAAGUUAGCAAUUAUAUUAUGAGUUAUUCCAUUUCGAAACAUAGUUGUGAUGUAUAUCGGAGAAAAAAUGUUUGAAUCGAUGAUAUCAAAUCAGAUUUGUUCGUGGAAUUGUAACAGUUGACCUGAAUAAACGAUAACAGGAAGACUUGGAUGAUCUAGUCAAGAUAAGGAAAAAUUGAAGACACUCGAAAAUUGAGUAGUGAAGUAAGUUUUACUAGAGAAGAAAAUGAUUGAGAUAUCUUUGCCAAAACUGCCAUACAACAUUUGUUGAAUGAAUCUCCAAAGACGAGUUAAAGAAGAGUCAGUAUAAAAAGAGAUGAAGAAUUCUUAAAAAAUAAACGAACGAGGAACACUGCCAGAAAUUGCAGCUGGUUCGAUCGAAGUUUCAUCGACAGGAAUAAUCGAAAAUCCCCCUUUAGGAGAACUGAAGUAUUCUGUUUACUUCCGGACGACUUAGUCGUUAGUUAAACGCUGCCUGUUUCGGAGAGGAGCCAGAAGUUGGACACUUUGAGGACUUGUUGUCUAGAAACAUUUCUUCGGAAAGUGUAGUUGAAGUUUCAAUGAAAAAUAGACAUGUGUGGACGUGUAUAAAUCGUUUAGUUCACGACUUCUUGCAAUCAACAUUAAAAAUACUUGGUGGAUAAGAAGAUUUCGUUCUCCUGUCUACGUUCGAUGGCUGAAGAAGGAAUCGUAAAACGGGAAAGUUGGAGGAAUUAAGCUUAACGAUCAACGUAGGAUAGUCCACAUAGUGAAAAUAGAAGUUGCGAAGGAUUUAGAAAACAGUUCAGUGGUACGUAUUUCGAAAAAUUUCUAUUUGAUAAAUGAGUGAUCUGGACGACAGACCAAUUUGUGAGCAUCAAAAUAAUAGGUAGUAACAAUGAGAGAAAAGAGUUGAUAAAUAGAUGUUAAUUAUUCAGAAAUUCACGAUAAUAAUAUGAAGAGUGUGGUGAGUCAUUUAGCAAAUAUAGUGGUCGAAGCGAUGAAUGUACAAUCGACUUAGCAGUAAGCCUGACACCACACAGUAGCUAUUAAGCGUGUUCUCUAAUGGUGCGUUUAAACGAAACGAACGUUCAUUCGCGAGUCACCCACUUCGGAAAGUUCGUUUUCCGUCGAUGGCAAUUGACAAUUGGUGGAAGUGGAAGAACAUUCGCGCUACUUGAAUUUAACAACAGUGAAGAACGAACAAGCGUCCGUUUAGUUCAAAGGCACUCUAAAUAAUUCUUCGCUAUAAACUGCCGGUUAAAAUAGCGAGAAAUUCGGUACUCGAUAUUGAAUGCAACUGCGUGCGACGAGUUCCUCUCUUCUUCGAUUUCUUCUCCAAAGAUUUCGUUUACUUGGGUAUUUUAUGCAUUUACAAUUAUUAUUGUAUUAAAUAUACAUAUAAUACUAACUCAUACUAUUUACGAGUAUGUACGAUAUUUAGCGUAAAAAUUUCUGAAAGAGAAAUAUACAUAAAAAAAAUAUCUGUGAGAUAAAACAAUUUUUCAAUUCACUGCCAGAAUUUCUAUAACGUAAAUAAUCGCCCAAGCUGUCCAGCAAUUCUAGAGCAGGAGAAAUCAUCCAAGAAAUUCUAUUCUGGUGAUGUAUUUUCCUUGUACCAUUCAUGGCGGAAGAAGAAACAGCUCAGAAGAGGGGAAUUUAAUCGGAGUAAAUGCGCGACAGGAAAUUCGUAGAAACGGAAACGACGAACGCGCGAAGUGUUCACGCGUGCACGAGUCGCGAACGUGGCCGGAAUUUUCAUCGCGACCCUCCUACCCUUCCCCAGUAGCUUUUUCGACGCUCUAAUCGUGCAUCCUGCCUCCACCCAAUGCGCGGGAGUGAAGGAGAAGCGCGCGCGCGCGAACAAAACACCCACCACCUCUUUCAUUCUCAUCCCCGGUUUGUAUCGACAACGUCUCUGUCUGUAUAAAGUAAGACUGUCUUUUCUACACCGGCAGUUGAUGCUAUAAACUGUAUACCCUUCGAUGGAAAUUUUUUAAAAGCACUGAACGAUUAAGGUCAUUGACGGAAGUGUAUUAAUUAAAAUAAUUUAAUUUAUCAAAUUGUAGUUUGAAAUUUGUUACGGAGGAAAUUCAUGAUGGAUUAUGUGCGAUUACUGUGAUUAGUGGUCGAAUUAGGCAAAGAAUUUAUAUAUUAAUUGUGUGAUAAAAAAGAGUAGGAAACUUGUUACUUUUUUGAUAUUAAAUUUUUAUUUAAAACGUUUGGCAAAAGAUCAGUUAUUUUAGAAAAAAUGACAGAAUUGUUACUUCGGAUUGUAAUUAGAUUUUAGUAUAACAUAAUGAGAAUUGAUUAAUAAUUAAAAGGCAAAAUAAAUAAGGAAAUGAUAAGAGGUAUUAGAUGUUUGGGGGUUGUCACAAGAUCUCCCUUGGAUUCCUUUCACAGGACUACCGAUUCAUUAUUUCGAAAAAUCAUUAGUUUGGAAAACUGAAAAAUUUUCAUGAAAAAGAACUCACCACUUUCGUUUAAUAGUCACAAUCUUUGAAAAUCGGUAAAAUACAGAAGAAGAAAUCCAAGGUUUCUGUAUUGGUGGAAAAGAAUUUUGUAAAAAGUUUAGAAAAUAUUUCGGUAAUUAUUUUUAAACAAAAAUUGUUCAAAAUCAUGUCUCCCACAACAUAUUUAAACGUCAUUAAAAUCGGUAAGGAGUCCCCCUUUGUAAAUAAUUGCCAAUAUUUGUUUCGAUCAAUCGCGUAACAUUAAUAAUGUUGCCAAAAAACGAAACAAAAAACAUAUUUAUAAUUGUACGUAGGAAUUACCCGAUAGAAAAAAGUAGCGCCUAAACGUGUUUGAAUUUCUCACAAAUCUUUAAUUCGCUCUUAAUCGAACAUAUAAUUAACACAAAAAUGAUUUUCAUGGAACGUUCAUCUUAAAGAAAUGGUUACUCUAUCAGACAAUAAGAUACACCUAUAAAAUUUCGUCUAUCUUUAGAAAAGAGUACUGAUUUUCUUCAGUAAGAGAGAAGUACUAAACAAAACGAAUACUUAAAGACAAAUUUUUUUCUCAUAGUAGGAUACAUGUUUUAUUUCAUCUUACGAAUGAUUUGUGGAGAAUUCAAACAGUGAAAAUUUAGUUGACCAUCGUACCUACUCAUUUUACGGAUACGUCAUAUAUACACUUGAGGCGAACUGGCUGUGAUUAUGUUAGUGUUACGGACUUACGUCGAUGCUGUUAAUAAUAACGACGAUACGAUUAUAUAUCUGUAAAUACGACCGAAUAAUUGGAUAAAUAUAUAAAUAUAAAUAUAUAUAUACAAAAUACAAAUACGAUUAUAUAUGCUGUGAUUUCGUCACGGGCAUGCAUUAAAGAAGAAGAACUAAGGAGAACGCAUCAUCAACAGUCUCCAUUAUGUAUCAAACAAUCGAAUGCCUGCAAUAAAGUCAAAAUCGUACCGCGGUCCCGUAAA